AUGCGUCAGGUUCUGUCCAUUUCUCUGUUCUUUGCUGUGCUCGCAAGCGCCGCCCCGGCGACCUAUGGCUACUAUCCUGCUGAUGCUCAGGUUAAAACUGAGGUUCCGGCCUACAGCGUCCAGAAGGCCGCUCAUGGCUAUUCGUCGGAUCCCGCUCCCGCCCCUUACGCAGCCCCUGCCCCCAAGCAUGCCGUAUACAAGGCUCCGGCUCCGGCUCCCGCUUCAUACGCGGCUCCCGCCCCUGCCUCGUACACGGCUCCGGCCCCUGCCUCGUACGCGGCUCCGGCCCCUGCCUCGUACGCGGCUCCGGCCCCUGCCUCGUACGCGGCUCCGGCCCCUGCCUCGUACGCGGCUCCGGCCCCUGCCUCGUACGCGGCUCCGGCUCCUGUCUCGUACACGGCUCCCGCCCAUGCUUCGUACGCGGCUCCCGCCCCUGCUUCGUACGCGGCUCCCGCCCCUGCUUCGUACGCGGCUCCCGCCCCUGCUUCGUACGCGGCUCCCGCCCCUGCUUCGUACGCGGCUCCCGCCCCUGCUUCGUACGCGGCUCCCGCCCCUGCUUCGUACGCGGCUCCCGCCCCUGCUUCGUACGCGGCUCCCGCCCCUGCUUCGUACGCGGCUCCCGCCCCUGCUUCGUACGCGGCUCCCGCCCCUGCUUCGUACGCGGCUCCCGCCCCUGCUUCGUACGCGGCUCCCGCCCCUGCUUCGUACGCGGCUCCCGCCCCUGCUUCGUACGCGGCUCCCGCCCCUGCUUCGUACGCGGCUCCCGCCCCUGCUUCGUACGCGGCUCCCGCCCCUGCUUCGUACGCGGCUCCCGCCCCUGCUUCGUACGCGGCUCCCGCCCCUGCUUCGUACGCGGCUCCCGCCCCUGCUUCGUACGCGGCUCCCGCCCCUGCUUCGGCUCCCUAUAAGGUGUCCGUGCCUGCUCCUGUUGAGCCUACUAUUGCUGGUGAUGAGUACGACUCUGCUCCCGCCUACGAUGUCCAGCCCGAGUACAGCGCCGCUUCCACUUCAGAGAGCAAGCCCGCCUACAAGCCCGCCUACAAGCCCGCCUACGAUUCCCAGCCUGAGUACAGCGCCGCUUCCACUUCAGAGAGCAAGCCCGCCUACAAGCCCGCCUACAAGCCCGCCUACGAUGCCCAGCCUGAGUACAGCGCCGCUUCCACUUCAGAGAGCAAGCCCGCCUACAAGCCUGCCUACAAGCCCGCCUACGAUGCCCAGCCCGAGUACAGCGCCGCUUCCACUUCAGAGAGCAAGCCUGUCUACAAGCCUGCCUACAAGCCCGCCUACGAUUCCCAGCCCGAGUACAGCGCCGCUUCCACUUCAGAGAGCAAGCCCGCCUACAAGCCCGCCCACAGCUGUAGCUCCAGCAAGCCCAAGCCCGCUCCCUAUGCUGCUCCGGCUCCUGCCCCUGCUUCCGCGCCUGCUCACUACAAGGAGUCCAACUCGCAAGUCGACUCCGAGACUGCAGCAUUUGUUUACCCUGCCAAUGACUACAAGAUCAAUGGUGGCUACGAAGGCGAUAACAACAAGAGCACUGCCAAUGGCUAUUCUGGCAAGAGUGGCGCCAGCUCUCAGGAGCACGCAGGUGUGCCCGCUUACAUUGCCGCUCCUAUUGGUGGCUAUUCGAGCUCCUCGGCAGCCGGAUACUCCAGCACUUCUGCUGCAGAGUAUUCUGGCUCUGCGGAGGCUGUCUACUACUCAACCAGCACUGUAAUCUUCACGAGCAUCAUUUAUGACACCGAGUAUGUCCUACCUACCUACGAGAGCAGCGCCGGUUACUCCACCCAGAACGCGUACUCCGCCGCCCCUGCCUCGUACGCGGCUCCGACUCCCACCCCUACCUCGUACGCGGCUCCUGCCCAUGCUUCGUAUGUGGCUCCGGCCCCUGCCUCGUACGCGGCUCCCGCCCCUGCCUCGUACGCGGCUCCGGCCCAUGCUUCGUAUGCGGCUCCUGCCCAUGCUUCGUAUGCGGCUCCGGCCCAUGCUUCGUAUGCGGCUCCGGCCCAUGCUUCGUAUGCGGCUCCGGCCCAUGCUUCGUAUGCGGCUCCCGCCCCUGCCUCGUACGCGGCUCCCGCCCCUGCCUCGUACGCGGCUCCCGCCCCUGCCUCGUACGCGGCUCCCGCCCCUGCCUCGUACGCGGCUCCCGCCCCUGCCUCGUACGCGGCUCCCGCCCCUGCCUCGUACGCGGCUCCCGCCCCUGCCUCGUACGUGGCUCCGGCCCAUGCACCCGCCACUGCUUGCUCCAGCGCUGCCCCGGUUCCCAUCUACAUCACCAAUGUCCCUGCUCCGGCCCCUACUCACUCCAGCGCCUCGUCCGCUGGCUACUCUUCGUGCUCCAGCAGCAAGGAUGCGUCCUCCUCGACUAUCGACUAUGAGAUUCAGCUGACCGCCACUCUGCACAUCAAUGCCGUCCAGGCAAUCCAUUCGGCCUACGAGACCAACUCCAUCGAAGAGGAGUACUCGAGCUCCGUCGCCGGAUACUCUUCCAGCUCCACCGCGGGUUGCUUGUCCAGCGCUUCCGCUGAAUACGCCUCGAGCUCUGCCGCAGGCUACUCAAGCUCCGCUGCCCCCGCUGCUAGCUGCUCUUCCAGCGCCGCCGCAUACUAUCCUUCCAGCUAUGAUGUCCUCGCCCCUACCAACUACGCCUCAAGCUCUGCCACUGGUUACUAUUCCAGCGCUGCCCCGGCACCCACCACCGCCGCCGAUGAGUACAGCACCGUGAACUACGUUGUGGCCAGCAUCGUGUACGACAAGAAUCAGGAUUCGUACGAUGAGGACGCUGUGUACAACGAUAAGUACGUUGGCAAGAGCGAGGCUGACAAGAAGGUCGAGCACGUCAUCUACAAGUCGAUCGGCCGCCUGUAA